AUUCUGUAUACUACAACUUGACGGUGCUCAACAAAAACCUGAGUGCAUUCCAACAGAAACUGAAAACACCCACCAUGAGCAGGAUCGUCGUGUAUCAGCAUUGCAAUUUCCAGGGCCUCAGCAAAGAGAUCUACAGAGAUGUUCCCAAUCUGAUAAAUGAAAGCUUUAACGACUGCAUUUCAUCCUUGAAGGUAAUCGGCCAGCCAUGGAUAGCUUAUGAGCACACCAACUAUGCUGGCCAACAGAGAGUUUAUGAGGAAGGGGAGUAUGCCAGCAUCGACGGAAAUGAUACAUUCUCCUCACUAAAGAUCAUCACAGAGGAUCUUGAGAACCCUGAAAUCGUUUUGUUUCAGAACAUCAAUUUUCAAGGACGUCAGCUGGUUUUAAACACUGAAACCAACCUCACAUUUGCACACUUCAAUGAUGAGGUUUCCUCCCACAUUGUGAACCGUGGUGCCUGGGUGCUGUAUGAGCACACAGAACGAAACGGUCGUCAGAUUGUGGCCAGAAUGGGAGAAAGGGUUGCUAACUACAAUGAUUUCGGAUUCAACGACAGGGUGAGUCAUGUUCGUCCUUUGAAGGCUGGCAGACCUGUGGUUAAAGCUAAGAUCCUGUGGGACCAGAUGGUGAAAGAGAAUGAGAGAAACCUCAAGAUUGAUGAGAUUAUUGGGGUGAACCGAACAGACACUGAGCAAUCCUUUUCUACAAGUGCCUCCAAAGAGUAUGAAUCAACUGUCAGCCAGAGCGUGCACUUUAGCAACUCCACCACCAUCACUGCAGGGACGACGUUUUCCAUGGACAUUGUACCUGGGGUUUCCAUGGAGGCCAGCCUAUCAGUUUCCAACACUUUCACCGUUGAAAAGGGGAAAACUGAGUCGACAACUCAAAAGGAAACGAGUACCCUGAAUAUGCCAGCAAAGAUCCCGCCACAUACAAAGCUAAUUGUGAAUGUCAUCAGGAAAGAAGUGUCAGUGAGAGUCCCUGUAGAGUUUACUGUUACCCAGGGCAAGAGUGUCAAGACAGAGUAUGGAGAGUAUAGAUGUUCCUCUGGCAAAUCAGUGUAUGCUGAGUUCAACUCAGAGAAAGCAUAGAUCAGAUUUUUACUACAAGGGUGCCAAAACAGAGCACAGACCUUAGACAAUAUGUGGGUUUGAUUUAAUGGGAUGUUAACUAAUACAAUAUUAAUCUCAAUGUAGUUUUCAAAUGUAAAAUGAAACUGCUUCUAACUUUACAGUGUACUUGUUUGUCAGCUUACAUGUUUUAAGGGAUAUGCAAAACUAUGUAAAGUAACAAUAAAGACACAUUUAUGCUUAUUGAA